AUCGACACAACUCUGUCGAAUUUUGGUGCGUGUGCAGGCGCUAAAUCCACUUCGAAUAUGGCCUCUAAAUUUUUGAUUGCGUUUGUUUUGGUCCUAGCUCUCUCCGAACUGAUCCAAGCAGGUGGACAUGGAGGUGGAGGAGAACACAAGCACGUGAAAAUUUACGUUCCCAUCAAAAUCAAAAACGUCCAUCACAAGAAAAUUGUUACCAAGCACAUUAAAAUAGAAGCGGCGGACGACGGUGAGGUUGUGAGUCACGGCGGCGAAGGCGGCGAUGGUUUUAGCCACGGAAAAGUGUCAGGAAGUUUGCACAUAGGACAACCUUACUACAGUCAUGGUCACGGCCACGGCUGGCACUGACAUCCUCCUUUAAAUCAUCUAUCUAACAUCUGUAUUCAAACGUAGCUUUUCUAGUUCUAAUUAUUUAUUCGCCUUUUGUAAAUAUUAUUUCAGUCAUUCUUCACUACCCCUUGCCUUAACUCGUCACACGCGAUAGCUUCUUUAACCUGUAUUUAAUUUUAUUGCUAAUUAUAAUUUUGUACAAACCCUUCCUCUCGUCAUCUAAUUCUAAAUCUAUUUCUAUAUUGUUUUUACCGCACAAGCGAUCUAUAAUUUAAAACCGUUGCCUUUCGUUAAUACUUUCAACUAAACUCUUACUUUCCUGAUACGUCGGUUCACCGCCGCGAGUUCUUAAAGAUUCAUUUUUGAAGGACAAAAUAGCAAAGGCAAAUCUUGCUGCUUAGGUCUGGGUUCACGUAAUCAGAAACAUUUGGGUAGACGCUAGCAUUGUGACGCACCAGCAAUGUUUGAGUCUACAGCAGUGUCAUGUCGCAACGACGAAUCUGAGCAACUGUGAUACCGUGCUGCGCAAGUUGGCUGCGCAAUUCGAUCGUCAUUUAUUGCAAUGAGCUCCUCGCACACAUUUUUUUUUUGCUAUAUAUAAAGAUUUUUUUAUUUGUUGUGAAAUAAACGUUUAUUUUAACUUGCAAGUUUAAUUGGCUAAAAUGCCAACACAGGGCAACGGCAUGGAAGACUACGCAACAGGUAUUCUUAAGAUCACUUAACAAAUCAGCUAACGCAUGAAAUAUAUCUAAAAUUUUCAGUCUAAUUGUUGUUAAA